UCGAAACUGAGGGGAGGUGUGUGAGAUAACUGCGUUUGGGUUGUCAUAAUUGUGUCGUUGUUUUUGGGUAACAUCUCCGGUUUAAGCAUACAGAAAUAUGCCCCUGUUUCUAAAGGAGUUCUCGCAAGUGACUCCGAUUUAAAGUGUUUUUUUUUUUGUUUUUUUUUAAUUUGUUUUUUUUUUUUCCAGCAAGUGCCCUAUUCUUUCACGGGGAGAUGAAGGCAACCUGGCCUCACUGUUGUGUCACUGAGUGAAGAAGACGACUCUUUACAGAAGACGGCAACAUAAAAAAAGGCUUCUUAUUAGCAAGGACUGGGAAAAAGCUUAUCCAUCAUGAGCAAACAGGAAAGAAGCGUUUGUGUACUGCUGCCCAAUAAAGAACAGCUGAACAUUGCAGUAGGAGUGAAAGCUACAGGUCAUGAACUCUUCAGCAGAGUGUGUGAUUGUUUGAAAAUCAAGGACCCGCACUUCUUUGGUUUAAGUGUUGUAAUGAACAAUGAACACAUAUUUAUUGACUUGGAGCUAAAGCUCACGAAAUACUUUCCAAAGGAAUGGAAGAAAGAAGCUAGUAAAGGAACAGGCAAAUGUGGGCCACCUUUCCUUGUCUGCUUCCGAGUUCAGUAUUAUGUGGAAAAUGGAAGAUUAAUAAGUGACAAGACAGCGAGAAGACAUUACUACUGCCAGGUGAAGGAGCAGGUUCUGAGGUCCGAGUGCACUCACAAGGAGGAGGUCUACUUCCUCCUGGCAGCCUAUGCCCUCCAAGCUGAUCUGGGAAACUACAAGAACAAUGUGCAUUUGGGGAAAUACUUUGAGCCUCAAGCUUACUUUCCACAGUGGAUAAUUACGAAAAGAGGAUGUGAUUACAUCCUGAAACACGCUCCAGAAAUCCACAGCGAGCAGCAGGGACUGACAGCCAGGGAGGCACUGCUGAAGUUCAUCAGAGAGUCCUGCCUGUUGGAAGACGUGCCUGUCCAUUAUUACAGACUGCACAAGGAUAAGAAAGAUGAAUUUGCCUCCAUUGUGCUGGGGCUGACUCUGAAAGGAAUGCAUAUUUAUCAGGAGUUAAACAAAAUGCGUCAGUUGCUGUAUGACUUCCCUUGGUCAAACGUUGGCAGACUCACUUUCCUGGGGAAGAAGUUUGAGAUCCAGCCAGAUGGACUUCCCUCAGCCCGGAAGCUGGUCUAUUACACAGGCUGCGCUUUCAGAUCCAGACACCUCCUCCAGCUCCUUAGCAACAGCCACCGUCUCUACCUGAAUAUCCAGCCAGUGCUCAAGCAGAUCAGAAGGGCUGAGGAGACUCAGGAGAAGAAGCUCUACCGGGAGUCGUACAUCAGCGACACCCUGGAGAUGGACCUGGACCCGCUGGACAAGCGUUCCUAUGGCAGCGGGAGCAGCCAGGGAAGUACCCGCAACCACCGGCUCUCCCGCCACUCCACCAGCAGCCACGGCAGCUCUGGCAUUGAGGCCGACUCCCGGCACCGCAUGUCCGUGGAGAUGGCCGUGGACGAGCCCUUCUCUAUCGAGCCCGCACACAAGUCCAUGAAGUCCUUCAGCUCCGUCAUCAGCCACGGCAGCUCGCACACCUCAGGCAUCGAGUUGGGCAGCAAGGACCGGGCAGAGGACGACUCGCAGGACGACGAAGUGGAGCUGGCCGUGGAUGACCCUCAGGAAAUGUCCCGUCUGGCUGAGCUGAUCGAAGGCAUGUCUGUGAACUCCCCUGGGUUUAACCAGGAGUUCAGCUGGAAGGAUAUCGACAAUCAACCUGUUAAAACAUCUGAGUCGCUGGUGAAAUUACGAAGCAUAGAUUCCCUUGAGCAGGUCGCAAAAUCGAAACCCAGGAACUCUCCAGACAGACACAGCCAGAGUUUAGAUGACGUGCGACUUUAUCAGCAGACGCCGCCCCUGAGUGCCUGCUUGAAUUCAGACACCUCCCAGAGCUACACAUUCGGCUGUGGAGACCAGGAGAAGGAGGGUCACUGCUGCUAUACGUACUCCACAGCAGACUGUGAAACCAAGCCAACGUUCUACGGGAAGAGGUCUAUGCACUGCCUUUCACUGGACCUGCUGGGGGAUGAACAGCUUCUCGAGUUUGUUGUCUAAGUCGACGGACAGAGAGCAGCGAUUCUGAAUACCCAGGACACUUUUCUGAAAACUCAUGGCCUGCAACUGAUGUAAGGCUCAGGAAAGUGAUGCCAGUGUGUCUCACUGCCUCUGUGUUCGCUGUGGAGGAAGAGCUGCCUGAGGGACAAGUCUACGAUGAACACAAAUGAAGGAAAUCCCUACAUACCUUAGAGCUAACCGAACAAGAACUGAACCGUGAAUAUAUAUAUAUAUAUAUAUAUAUAUAUAUAUAUAUAUAUAUAUAUAUAUAUGAAGCAGUUUAGCUAAAUUUGUAGUUGAACUCUUGGAGAACAAUGCAUGUAUACAGUGGCUACUAUAGAAUUAAAAUGCCUUAUGCCUCUGUAGGCAGGGUUCAUUUCCCUAGUUUAUUGAGUUUGCUGGUCUCAAGCUACACAGUGGACAUUAGUCUGCAUCACAAAACCACCACACGAUUCGACACAAUUGGCAGUCGCAUGGAAGAGGCCUGGGACUGUGUGGCACGGUGUGUUCAGGUCAGGAUGGAGGUAUUGUGGGAUUAUGGUAGGAAGAUCCCAUGGUGCCUCUCUGCAACAUGCCUGACUGUAGCCAGUGUCAUUGUCCCUCACCUUUCUUGAGCACUGAAUUCACAAGCAAAAAAAAACAAAAAAAAGUGUUAGAAAUUCUGGGGGUAUGCAAAGUUGUAAGACCCUCAGAUGCAUUUUGAUGUUCAUUUAUAGGGUCUAUUUUAAUUAUAUAAACGUCAUAUUUAAAUAGUGUCAUCCUUACACCACUAAAACCUAUUUUUUUGUAAUAUUAAUGAGUGGGUCAAUAAACGAGCCCGGGGGUGGAGGGGACGGGACGACAAACCUUGCUCCAUUCACGUACAGUACUUGAAUCCGAUGCUGUUCAUUAAAAUAGAUGUAUGUAAAUGUUGACCGACCUGCGUCAGUAUUAAAACAUGAACUUCUGGA